GUUUGAAGAAGAAGAAUUCUUAUUUAGUCGAUGAAAAAUAAAAUUUGCAUAUUAUUUUUUUCGGAGAGUUAAGAAAUUUGGGAUUAAGUGUAAAAUUGGGCAUUCUAUAUUUUUGUUAAGUUCAGAAACAAAGAGUUGGAAUAGUAUACGUUGAUAUAAUUGAGUAGAUAUGAUGACAGCUCCCGAAAAAUCGACAACGGCUGCCACUGAGAGGGGCCAACGAGGUGUUAGUCGGGUCUUGGCUAAAUUGGAUAGCUCCCUCGAGUCGGGGAACUACUAUGAGGCACAUCAAAUGUAUAGAACAUUGUAUUUUCGCUAUACGGCACAACGGAAAUUUGAAGAUUGUCUGGAAUUGCUGUAUAAUGGAUCAUUGAAGUUAAUUUCGAAACAGCAGGAGGCAAGUGCAGCAGAUUUGGGUCUACUGAUUUUGGACACAUUGGAAAAACGGGGCAAUUGCAAAGAUGGCGAUUUGUGGAUAGAACGAAUCGGUAAUAUUAUAACAUGUCUGAGUUCAGGCUGUGUUGAACGUGAUACCCUAAUUAAUCGUUCUAUUAAGUGGAGCGCUGAAAUAUCAGGAAAUUACCCAGGUGAUCCGGCAUUGUAUAAAAUCCUGGCCCAUGUUUUCUGGUCAGAAGGCAAUACUGAAUUGGCUCGACGCUAUUAUAUGCUUUGUCGUGAUGGCAACCUUUGUGGUCGCAUAUUAAUUAAAAUCAAUGAAUCUAAGGGUUAUAGUAGUGAAGUCGAUUUGUUUAUCGUACAAGCAGUGUUGCAGCAAAUAAGCGUCAAUGAUCGCAAUACCGCGCAGGAUACGUUUGCCUCGUACACACGCUUUCAUCCAAAAAUAAAUCGCAAGCAAGCUCCUUUUAAACAGCCUUUACUAAAUUUUGUACAUUUUCUGUUCCGUUUAAUGGACACCAAGAACUUGGAAGCCUUUAGGGCUUUGUGUACACUAUAUAAAGCCCAAUUAGAACGAGACCCAGCCUUCGACAAAUAUUUAACGAAAAUAGGCGUUCAACAUUUCGGUGCCAGUCCUCCUGCACCUGAAAAUCGAUUUGGUGGUAUGUUUGGCGAUGUUUUAUCCCAUUUGCUGCAGGGUAUUGACGAAGAUGACGAUGAGGAUGAAUCCAGUGCUGGACAUGUACAACGCGGUCGUGGCGAUGGUGCUCAUGCAUUGGACUGACGUAGUCCGAUUUGGUGGGAAUAAAGGAGUGUAUGUUGCUAUAUAGAAGUAAAUUUCAACAGUUGCUUUGAUGACUUUAUUUUUUCAAACCUAUGGUUAAAGUUUCAUUUUUAUGUCAUAAAUAUUUAAACGUUUCUUAAAUUA